AAUGGUAGCUUAAUUGUGAUUGACAAGUAGAUGCUGGGGAAGUUUAAAACAUUUUUUUUACGUGUGAAAAUAUUGAAGUAAAAGAUUAAAGAAAUAAAAUUAAACAAGAUACAGAAAUUGUACUUUAGAAAGCUUGUAAAGUUUCGAAUUUAAAAACGUAAAAAGCGACCUUGACAACGAAAAGAUUUUUUUUUCUCCAUUUUAAAAAUCUUCACAGCAUCUAGAUUCAACUUCGAGGUAGGACUCAAAAAAAUUGAAUUAAAAUUUUAACACCAGCGAUGUCUUCCACUUCACUAGUUGAUGGUGACAAGGUAGAAACGCCAGGGAGAAAUAACGAAGAGAAAGAAGAAGAAGAGGAAGAAGAAGAAGAAAAAGAUAAAGAAAAUAGUAAAAUGAAGGAAACAUCAGAAGAACCAACAACUCAAGCUGCGGAAGAACUUAACGCAGAAGAAAUCUCUCAAGAGGAAGAGGAAGUGAAACCAGUCGAGCCAGAACAAGAAAAUGAAGACCCUGCCCCUCCACCACCAGCAUCAGAAGAACAAGAAGAGGAAACUUCAACAGCGGAGGAAGAGAAGAUUGAAGAUGUAGAAGAAGUGAGUAACGAAAAUAAUGAGCCUCUUCAAGAAAAACCAAAUGAAGAAGAAGAAGAAGAGGAAUUAGAAGAAGGAACAAAGGAGAUGGAACUUCCUCCAUUGGAUGACUCCCGUACAAGUGUUCGCAGUCCGAUCCCAGAACGUGAACGAUACAAGGUGACUUUGUUACAUGAUCUGGAGAAACAGCAUACGUGUCCACAAUGUAACGAAGCGAUGCGAUAUCCUGUUAAAUUCGACGAAUGUGAUCAUCGUGUCUGUUCUUCAUGUUUUCACGAAUUUCUUAGGGUUGAACCAAGAUGUCCGGUUGAUCAAGUUCCAAUCAACAAGGAGAAGGCUUCGUUGGAUCACGAGCUGAACGAAAAAAUCAUGUCGUUGGGAGCAAAGUGUAAUAAUGCAGAAUGGGGGUGCAAAUGGGAGGGACUGGUGAAAGAAUCACAGCCUCAUUCCGAGAAAUGUGAAUUUACAGACAUCCUCUGCGUUAACGAUUGUGGUGCAAAAUUUCAACGACGUUUUCUUCAAAAGCAUUUGGAUAAAGAUUGUCCAAAGAAGUUAAUAUCAUGUGCGUUUUGUGAUGAAAGAUUCUACAGAGAGGAGAAAAAGACUCACCUGGAAGAUUGCUUGAAGGUACCACUGCCAUGUCCAAACAAAUGCGAUAAGAAAUUGACAAUACCACGUGACGAGUUGGACAAUCACAUCGAGACUGCUUGUCCAAGGACAAAAAUUGUCUGCCAGUUUGAAGAGAUUGGUUGUCCGCAUAGGUGUAGUCGAGAAAAACUAUCGAGGCAUUACAAAGCUGGGAUAAUCGAGCAUGUACGCCUUUUGUACGAUGUUGUCAUGAAACAAGGUCAACGGUUGGACCAACAUCACGAAUUAUUGCAGGACCACGGCGCCUUGCUUGAAACGCAUCAGGCUCAGAUCACUGAUAUGGAAAGAAUAGCCAGAAAUCAACUAAUUUGGAGAAUUGACGAAUAUGGCCGUAAAUUCAAAGAAGCCAAGUCGGGCAACACAACUACUUUGUUCAGCCCACCUUUCAACACGAGUAAACACGGCUAUCGCUUAUGCGCUUCACUUUGCUUAAAUGGCGAUGGAAAGGGAAAGGGAACUCACAUUUCUGCUUUUAUAAGCAUUCUAAGAGGCGCUUACGACAAUCUUCUAAAAUGGCCGUUUUCCUACCGCGUGACGUUUUAUCUGCUGGAUCAAAAUAGUGACCCCAGUCUACGAAAGCACAUCAAAUUCAGUAUAAAACCGAACCCCUGUGCCGAUAACGAGCCUUUCCUUGGACAACCAAAAAUGGAGAAAAAUGCUUCGUUUGGUGGUGCAAAAUUUGCUAAGCACGAAGACGCAGAAAGUCGUACAUAUAUCAAAGAUGAUACGAUCUUCCUAAAAAUAUCUGUAGAUUGUGAUGGAAGCGUUGAACCCUAGAUUAACACAUUUCAAAAUAAUAACAACAAGAAAUGACAUUACGAUAAUGUGUAUAUAUUUUGUUUUUUAUUAUACGCACUAACUUGGUUUAUAUAAAAAACUACGAUCGUACGACACAUUGCACUAGCCGAAAUAAAUUAAACACUGUUGUUAGGCAUAAAACUGAAAAAUUCUGUGAGAAUAAUAUCUAUAAAAACAUACAAGUACGCCUUUCAUAUUUAUUUUGAUCUUACGUAUUAAAGUUAUGUAUCUCUAAACUAAUAAAAUAAGUUGGUCAAUCAUCCGUCUUUUGGCUAUAGUCUAGGAGCCCACAACGGAACCCAAGUCAUCCUCUUUAACCGUAGUGUCUCAAACCUUUUAAAGAAAAACGGGGUAAAUAAAAUUUGUUGUGGGCUCCUAUUGUUUACAAUGUUUUAUGUUAAAGAUGAUAUCAUUUUAUAGUAUUUAAAAGCACAAUCUGAAGUUCAAUAUGUUUGCACGCGAAGGUAUUUUCAAGUCAUUAAA